AUGGCUCCAAAAUCCAAUACCCAAAACUCUACUCCAACAAAUCCCUUUCUCACCACACUCCUCACAACCCUAAUGCUCAUCCUCUCACAAACCCCUACCCAUCGAGCGGCAGACCCGGACCCAUUGCAGGACUUCUGCGUAGCCUCCUCGACAACCGCGCCAUUCCAGAUCAACGGCUUCCCGUGCAAGAACCGCUCAGAAGUCACCUCGGACGAUUUUUUCUUCCACGGAUUCACCCACGGAGGCAACACGAGCAACCCCUUCGGAAGCAACAUAACCUCGGGCAACGUGCUUUCUUUCCCGGGUCUCAACACGCUCGGGAUAUCCAUGAACCGGGUCGAUCUACGGGUCGGGGGGAUCAACCCGCCCCACGUGCACCCUCGGGCCACGGAGACGGGCGUUGUCAUCAAGGGGAAGGUGCUCGUUGGGUUUCUUUCGUCCGACAACAAGUUGUACAUGAAGAACUUAAGCGAGUGGGAUAUGUUUGUGGCCCCGAGGGGUAUGGUGCAUUUUCAGAUGAACGUCGGGAAGAGUAAGGCGACACUCGUCACGGCUUUCAACAGCCAGCUGCCCGGGGCCGUGGUGGUGUCGACGAACCUGUUCGGUUCGGAGCCGGCCGUGCCGGAUAUGGUAUUGGAGAAGGGUUUUAGGGUUGGGAGGAAAGUGGUUGAUGAGAUUAAGUCUAAGUUUUGA